AUGGUUUGGAACGCGAAGAGCACCGCAGUUGCGGCGGUGUCGGGAUCCUUCAAUACGGACCGUGAAAAUCCGGGGGACGGCCACGUGGAGGCGUCGAGCCAGAUCGUACCCAUAUCCGCAGCAGGUCUCCAAGGAUUGGCUCUGAGGAUCGGGGCGCGACGGGCCCGGAAGGAAAGCGGACAGGUCGUCCGGGGGACUGUGCAAGGAACCGCGCUCGGCUCCGAGUUCGGUCCCCUUCGGACGACGUCGUUCGCGACGACUUCCGGUCGCUGCAGAGGACUUUGCAAAUUCGUCGCCGUCGUGUCCGGAACGGACGUUCGCGCGUCUCGUUUCGCUCUCGGCGGCGGCUGCGAAGGCAAGUCGGCACAAGGCCGCGGCGCUGCGAUUUCGCACGCGUCGCGGCUCACCCGGCGUCAUCCUCGUCGUCCGCCGACAAACGAUCGACUCAGAACUGGCACGGACAAGGGGAAUCCGACUGUUUAA